AUGCUCACUUUCUACUUCCUAUGCCUCACUGGCUUGUGGUUUGUCUAUGACCGUCUCAUCCUUUCUCCGCUGGGGAAGCUUCGCGGACCGAACCUCGCCGCUGCCACACGGCUCGUGCUGAUGUACUACGAAUUCACCGGACGUCGAAGAGAAUGGAUCCACGCAUUGCAUAUGAAAUACGGGCCUGUGGUGCGCAUCGCUCCGGACGAGGUUUCGUUCGCUACCUGGGAUGCGGUGAAGGAGAUAUACGUGACGGACGGCAGCGGAUACGACAAGCCGCCUUUCUACCGCCUGUUCGACAACUACAGGACCCAAUGUAUGUUUUCCACGCUCGGAAAAGGUCCCCAUGGGGAGAGGAAGAAGUUGUUCGCCGAAAAAUACAGCAAGUCCUACAUUAUGCAGCCCCAUACGGUGAGCGGCAUACAGGAACGGGCAGAACAGUUUGUAGAAAAAUGCACGGAGAAUCUGGGAGCAGCAGCUGACAUCUAUUUUUAUGCACACUGUUAUGCUCUUGAUUGCAUCACAUAUCACUUGUUUGACCCGUACGGUACACGGUCAUUAACAGAAGCGGUCGACCAGCUGAGAGUAAAGGAGCUCUCGUAUGACGACGGCUUACAUAUUUCCUACCUCCAACAUUAUUUCCCUGUCGUCUACCCCUACAUUUCCCGUUUCUUCGAGCCUACAACUCGUCGACGGGAUGCGGCAAUUGCGAGCCGAGUGCUGGACAUCUCUCGCCGCACCGACAUCGCAAGCCACACCGUGCUGCACAAGCUCCAAGAAGUUGAGGACGAGACGACGCCGAAUGGGAUCGCAUCCGAGUUGCUGGACAAUGCCAUCGCUGGGAUCGACACCACAGGCGAUGGACUAUGCUUCCUGUUGUACCACCUUUCCCUCCCGGGCACCGCCGACGUCCAAGAAAAGCUACACAAGGAGCUCGUCUCGAACCCGACAAUGCCGCUCGACGACCUACCGUACUUGGAUGCGGUCGUGAAAGAAGGUCUACGUUGCUUCGCGCCGAUCCCGAUGAGUCUCCCGCGAAAGGUCCCGAAGGGAGGGCGGACAAUUGCAGGCGAGUUUGUCCCUGAGGAUACCAUUGUCAGCUGCCAGGCGUACACGCUGCACCGUCUUGAUACCGCGGUAUUCGACGACGCGGAGAUGUUCGUCCCGGAGCGGUGGCUUAAAUCGAAGGGCGCGGUGGAUAGGAAUCAGCUGUUCUUCGCGUUUUCUACGGGAGGCAGAGGAUGUAUUGGCAAGCACCUGGCUCUGCUGGAGAUGAAAAUGCUGCUGAAGGAGAUCUACACGACGUGUCGCACCAGUGUGGCACCAGAGAUGAAGGCCUCCAUGGAACUGCAUGACCAAAUCAUGUCGUCUCGGCCGAAGGGUCAGAAAUGCCUAAUCAAAUUUGAGAAGAUUGAAUAG